AUGCGGGAGUCGGCGGCGGGGGAAGACGGGGUCACCAUCAACAUGCUGCGCCUGUCGUCCCCUGAGUUCCAGCAGGCCCUCUUCGCGCUGGUUCGGCGCGCGUGGAGGCAGCCCGAGGCGUGGGAGCCCGAAGCCCACCGAGCCAUCGUUCUCGCCCUCUUCGAGAAGGGGGACAGGGCGCGCCUCGACAAUUAUAGGGGGAUCUGCCUCUUGUCCAUCAUCUCGCGCGUCGUGGCCAGAACCAUCAGCAUUCGACUUAUGACGCACGCGGAACGACACGGAGUGUUUCGAGCUGAUCAGUGGGGCUUCCGCCCAUGGAGGAGCACGCGCGACGCCAUCCUCUUGGCCCGGCUUCUCGUCGAGGGCGCCACGAAGGCCAAGACGCCAGAGGACAUGGAGCACCUCGUGUUCUCGCUGCUGGACAUCCGCAAGGCAUGCCCUUCGGUGCCUCGGAAUGCCGCGUGGCAGGUGCUGCGCCAUCGGGGCGUCCCCGAGCACGUGGUCACCCUCCUGACGCACGUCCGCUCGGACACGGAGUACCGCUGCCGCAAUCAGCAGGGUCUCUCGGAGCCGUACCACUUGUACAAGGGCCUCCGGGAGGGCUGCCCGUCGAGCUGCGUCGUCUACCUCUACUUCCACGACGUGGUGUUGCGAGAUGCCGUGCAGCAGCUGACUGCCGCGGGCCACACAGGCGUGACGGUGCGCAGUCCGCCGGCGCCCCCUGCUGCCCUCAAGCCCAUGCCGCGUGAAGCGCACACUCGCCUCCGAGACUCUUGGGACGAGGUGCUGGUGGACCUGGUGUGCUUCGCGGAUGACACCGCGCUCUGCGGCAGGGAAGGCUCUGUGAGGGAGCGCUGCCAGGCGACUGCCAAGGUCCUCGCGGAUUGGCGAGAGUAUGUCCACCCCGACAAGUGGCACCACCUUCGCCUCCGACACCGCCUCGAUUCGCCCGUCCAGGAGGCACCAUGGCCACGACGGCGUCACACUCAGAAACGUCAGACGCCAUUCAGGGCGCCAUACGAUGAGCACGUUGAGCUGCUGGGGGCCUGGUUAUCGGCCGAUGGUUCAGGAUCAUACGAUUUGGGCAGACGUCUCAAGGCUGCUCGGAAGCUGCGGUACCAGGUCUAUCGGAGGCUGCCGCGCUUGGGCCUCACACAGAGAGACAAGGGGCGCGUCUUCUGCACGACGGUCGUGGCCUCCCUGUUGUACGCGUCCGAGACCAGGUGUGUGCGUGGCCUGACCCUCAGCGAGCAUUUCCGCAUUCGAGACAUGAAGGGCCGCUUCACGAUGGCGGACUUGCGGAAACGUGCUGGCGUGCCGUCCAUCCCUCGCCUAUUGGGCAAGAGGAAACUGGGCUACUUGGGGCAUCUGGCUCGCUACCCGGCCUCGCGGAUCGAGCAGAGGGUGGCGUUCGGCGUCCUGGAGCCGGAGGAGCGCGCUGAGGGCUGGCUCGCCGUGGCUCAGCGGCGGGAUCGAUGGCGCGAGCUCGUGUCCAAGUGGGAGGAGCAGGCGGUGGUGAAGGAGGAGUCCGACUGCCAUGCUGUCCGCCACGCCGCCCGGGACGCGCAGGCUGCGGCAGACAUCCCUGCGCCUCUGCUGCCGCCAGCAGCACCCGUUCGACGGCGGCUGCGGGGCAAGCAGUCCCCGGCGGCGGCGCUAGCAGCGCGCCCACCGUCGAGCCG